AUGACCUCCUCGGCGUCGCUCAUGCCUUCACCGACCUCGGCACCACCGCAAGACGCGGAUCCCGGCUUCCAGUCGGGCGUCGACCGCCUCAACCGCCUCCCCGACUCGCUCCUACGCGACAUCGUCUCUCGCCUCCCCAUCAAGGACGCCGCUCGCACGGCGGUGCUCUCCCACCGCUGGAGCCUCAUCUGGCGCGCUGCCCCGCUCCUCACCCUCGAUGACUUCCACCGCUACCUCUUCUCCCACGACCUCAACCCGCCCAAGCCCAACCUCAGGCACCUCGGCCUCCGUUUCCACGGCUUCGAAGGGCCAGUGCCCAGCGAGCUCUUCGACCGCCCGCCCGCCGCCCAGGCCCGCAUUGGCUUCCCCUCCGUCGAUUUACUUCCAGCCCGGGACCCAGCGCGCAAGGUUGCGGCGAACCUCUUCGCCGUGCAGCGCGGGGCGCGGAUCAUCUACGACGCCAACGCACGCAACGCCGUCCUGGGUAACAACCCCGCCACCAGCAACCUGGUGAAGGCCUCCUCGGCCUCACCCACCCCUUCCCUAACCUCCACUCCAAGCCAGGAAGCGACUCCUGCCUUCCAGAUUGGCACCACCGAGCUCCUCUAUGCCUCGCCCACCAGGUGCUCGACGCUGGGUCUCUACAACAUCGCUAGUGUUCCGGUGUCUGUGACCAAGUCCUUGGCAUCGCCAUCAGCUUCCUUGGCUUCGAUCCCACCUCACAACAUUGCUACCGACACCCAAAUCACUUGGAGCGAACACCUGCAGACCACGCACGCCAGAGGCAUAUAUGAAUAUGCCAAGGUGAAAACAGUAUCGUUGAGUGGCUGCUACUCUACCGACACCAGCAACAUCAUUGUUGAAUUUGUAGCAUGUGAUGAUCUCCAAACUACAGACAUGCUGCACAGUCACCUGUUAGAUAUGUUCAUGGCCUUUAGCAAUCCACCAAGUACUAGCAAUGCCAGGCUUCAGCAAGGUAGUAAGAUGUCAAAGCCUCCAUGGUUUCAGUUUAUUGAUUUGGCUAGAUCAUGGUCUGAGAAGACACUUUUGACUGAUGGAUUUCUGCUUGAGUCCUCACCCUGGCACACUCUCAAUCUGGGUUUCAAUCCAUCUACUUCACCUCACAAGCUGCAGUGGUUUCAGUUUCUUCAAAGUGCUGCACAAGUUGACGAGGGCAACAGAAAAGCAGCUGUUGACCUAUUUCUGUCAAAUUUUUCUCAGAUUUGGCUUUUCACUGAGAUACUAGCUGUAGGCAUGUCUAUGCUCUUGAAUGGGGGAUUUUAUUUAAUCACAUACUUUUGGAUUAAGCAUCAGAUAAGUUUUCCUGAUCUAUCUCCAUCCUCAGAAAAUUACAGAGUUAUUUCUAGAUUGUACAAGCCUAGUGCUCUUGGUGCCCUCAUGUUAGUCACAAGUUAUACCCAUCAUGUGCUUUACAAAUUGCUCUCUGGAGUCUCAUGGAAAUUUGAACCUUGGCCACCACCUAUUCAAAGAUUAUGCAUGCACUUGGUUAGCAGUUACGUUUUUCAGCUAGAAGGAGAACUAUGCACAGCUUGA